AUGGUUGCUGGCAAUAUACAACGAAAAGAAUGUACAUCAUUCCCAUGUUCAUUUACUGGACUGAUAACAUCUAGCUGGCGACCACUUAGUAUUUAUCGCGAGGACCGACCAAGAAGAAAGAAACGGAAACUUGUUGAAAUACUUUCUAAUAAUAAUAAUAAUAAUAAUAAUAAUAAUAAUAAUAAUAAUAAUAAUAAUAAUAAUAAUAAUAAUAAUUGA